AUGGCCUCCAGCACCCCUACAUCUGUUGAAGCUCUGUCCCAAGUCUUCCAGACUGAGUUUGAAGACAUCUGCCGAGAAAUCCAGGGCUCGGUCCUAUCAAACAUCGUCACACCUUGGACUGAUGACGACGGCACCGCCACCGACUCCUGCGUCCUCGGCCCCUUUGUAGAUGGCGGGAUGCCAGAGAGGCUGGUGGCUCAUUUGAAGAACAACCUGGUGGACCUCUCGGCCUUUAACGGGGGGGACUUCCAAGAUUGGAAUGUCGCCAGGCCGCAGCCCCAAUGGCCAACCUCGACCCCGGACUAG